AUGGCAGACGAUUUCGACCUUGAAUCUCUCGUACAUCUUGAACAGACAUUCUUUGACUCAGGACAUGCUGAUGGAUUUGAGCAUGGUCGCAUACAUGGGUUGAUAGAAGGACGUGCUCUUGGGCGGGAAAAAGGCUUUGAAAUCUGGGAAGAGCUCGGGUUUUACGAAGGUUUCGCGAAUACCUGGCUGAAGAUAUACACGAAUCAAGGUCGGAGCGAAGAGCGUGCUGUCCAUCACAUCAAACAUCUUCUAGAGCUCAUAUCUCAGUUCCCUAGCGUGAACCCCUCUUCCCAGCCCACUCCGUCUACUCCAGAGGUGGACAUAUCGAAACUUCAGGCACAGAUUCGCUCGCGAUACAAAGCUGUUUGUGCAUCACUUGGAGUUCGUCCAAGUAUGCGGGCGGCAGAUAUAACCGAUGCUGCUGAUGAGAGCGAACUUCAAACGCACCAGGGGAAAAAGAGGCAGGUAUGGAAGUUGGAGGAUGAUGCGAAGAGACCAACGAUGCAAGGGCUUAGUUUCUAA